GCUAACGAAUUUCAUAGUGGAUGCAGCUACAAAACAAUCAGAGAAUAAUAAAUACAAUGACAAGUCGAACGAUUAUUUACGAUUAUGAAAAUCUAACAGAACAAAUUAAAGCGAAUAUGACAGGCAAUGCAGCAGCUGAAAACGAUUCCAAAUACAUUUUAAUGGUGACCAUAGCAACAAUAACCUGGCUGCUGCUCAGCUGCAUAAGUGGCUUCAUUUAUUGUUGCAAUUACUGGCAACAGUUGGGGAACUCAGCGGGCAUAGAAACAGUGGAGCAAUCGGACCAAUCGGAACUGGACCAACAACAGCAGAGCAUGCUGCUCGGACAGGUCGAGUCAGCGAGGUGAACAGCAGCCAAGGAUUUGGGAUUAGAUGGAAAGAGAAGGUCAAAGCAGUGAACAAAGUGAAACAAAAUAAAUAAGCCAAAUAUAAGGGCUGCUGAACAAAGGUA